GCGCCCCACGUGACGCGCUCCCCACGUGAGGCGGCGCCGCUCCUCCUCCUCCUGCCCCUGCGGUCCGGUGGCGGCGGCCAUGGCGGCGGCGGGGGCGGUGGCGGCGGCGGGCUCGGCCCAGCAGCUCGGGCAGCUCCUGCGGCAGCCCGGCGGGUCCCUUGUAGUUGUCCACUUCUGGGCGCCAUGGGCUCCUCAGUGUGCUCAGAUGAACGAGGUCAUGGCGACGCUCGCCAAGGAGCACACGCAGGUCACCUUCGUGACGCUGGAAGCUGAGGCUGUGCCUGAAGUGUCUGAAAAAUAUGAAAUUAGUUCUGUUCCAACGUUCUUAUUCUUUAAGAACUCUCAGAAAGUCGACAGAUUAGAUGGUGCACAUGCCCCAGAGCUGACCAAGAAAGUCCAGCGCCACGCGUCCAGCAGUUCUGUGUCUGCUGCCUCUAACGACAGCACAAAAGAAGAUCUGACCGCGCGUCUGAAGAAACUCAUCAAUGCUGCCCCUUGCAUGCUGUUCAUGAAAGGCUCUCCGAAAGAGCCUCGGUGUGGUUUCAGCAAACAAAUGGUGGAGAUACUGAACAAACAUGGUAUUUCAUUUAGCAGUUUUGAUAUUUUUUCUGAUGAAGAAGUUCGUCAGGGGCUGAAAACAUAUUCUAAUUGGCCAACUUAUCCACAGUUGUACGUAGCUGGAGAGCUUAUAGGUGGACUUGAUAUUAUCAAGGAACUUGAGGCUUCUGGAGAACUGGAUACAAUCUGUCCGAAGGCACAGAAGUUAGAGGACAGGCUUAAAACCUUGAUAAACAAAGCUCCUGUGAUGCUUUUUAUGAAGGGAAACAAACAGACUGCAAAAUGUGGAUUCAGCAAGCAAAUUAUAGAAAUCAUAAAUAAUACUGGUGUUGAUUAUGAGACAUUUGACAUACUGGAGGAUGAAGAGGUGCGGCAAGGAUUAAAAACCUAUUCAAACUGGCCAACGUAUCCUCAGUUAUAUGUGAAAGGUGAACUUGUUGGAGGCUUGGAUAUUGUUAAGGAGCUAAAAGAAAAUGGUGAACUGUUGCCUAUUCUGAAGGGAGAAAAUUAAUGUCAAUGGACGGCAAUGGGAACUGAAGUACUUUGAACAAUUACUCAUUUAUAGAUUAUAUUGGAGCAAUAUACUACUAAACCCUGUGGAACUGAUCAGAAGUAAAUAAAGGCUUCUCAUGUACUCUGUAUUUCACAAGACCAUGUUACAUGUGAACAUAUGUAUUUCCACUGAAGAUAAA